GGCUUUUCGAGGUUACAUAGAGUAUAUUGCAUUGUUUUAUAAUGUAAAAAUAUAUUAUUAAUUUAAAAUAUUGUAUUUAUUUUUGAGUAUAUUAAAAGUACAAUAGAAUUAUUUCAAUUUUUGAAGAUGGAUACACAGAAAGUUCAACAGAAAAUAAACGAAUACGAAUUAUUUGUAGAAGAGAAGUUAAAAAGUGAUUUGAAAGAUAUUGAAACAAUUCUGGAAGAUAAAUCUUCAAAGUAUAAAGAAUGGGAAGAAGUUCAAAAUGUAGUGAAAGUAAUUCGUAAUUUCAAAGAUAAAAAUAGAGACAUGAAUGUGAAAGUUGAUAUUGGAAAAGGACUUUUAGCUCAAGGAGAAAUUACUGACUUUGAAAGAAGCUAUAUAAAUAUUGGAUUAGGUUAUAUGCUUGAAAUGGACUGUGACGAAGCAGAUAAAUAUUCUACCAUUAGAAUGAACUUCCUAAAAAAGGAAAUAUCUCACUUUAGAAAACUAGCUAUUGAUGUUAAGGUGCAUAUUAAGUUGACUCUUCUAGCAAUUAACGAAUUGCAAGCUACCCUAGUUCCAUCAAAACAAAAAAAAUAAAAUACUUUUUGAAUUUUUUUGUAAGUGAGAAUAUUAAGAACAAAUGUGGAUUUUAGGUACAAAUAAUAGAUUGAAAAAGUUAUUAAAUGGUAUUAAACUCUAUAUUUAUUAUUCAGUUUGUUAUAAGACCAAUCACUUUUUUUUAAAUGAAACACUUUUGAAAAUUUCGAAACAAUUUUUAUUUUAAAAUAUUUAAUUUUAAGCUAGUACACAACAUUAUGAACACUUCAACAGAGUUCAUUACUGAUUUACACAUAUAUAUGUUUACAAAACUAUGGUACAAAACUAACUGCCUACGUAGAAAAUUAGACUGUGUGAGCAUAACAAAUAUUUUACAUUUUUCAUUUUCUAAUAACUCACUCUGGUAAUAUAUCUGAAUAUUUACUUAGCCUUAGAAAUGCUAAUAAAGAAAAUCUAUUAAUGAUACUAUUUAUACACAUAUGGAAGUACAGAAUAGAAAACAUACAAUUCUUCCUAAUUUGAGAAUUUAUUUGCAAAUAUAAGUAACUAACUUGUCACAAUUUGAAUAUUUAAGAAAGAAACAGCUGCAUGUAUAAUCUAGUACAGUAUACAGUUGAAGCAGUAAUAUAUUCAAUCUAUCAUAAUUUGUGUUUUAGUAAUUGGAAAAAUUGAGUCAAGAGAUGAAUAUAAUAUUUAUAUAUUACAACAAUUAUUUCCCAAAUCCCCUUUUUAUCCCAAAUUCCUUUAUUUCAUCUAUCAAUUUCUUAGCCAUUUUAUUUGAUUUUUAGAUAGUGUUUCCAGCAUACAUUAGUUUUCUCCUUAUUUGUCUGUCUUCAUUUUUAUAUGUCGAUACUAAUUCAGUUGUUUUUGUCUACUUUUUUGUUAUAAAUUCUUGUUUUCUAAUAUCUUCAUUCUUUAUAUCGAUUCAUGUUAGUUUUCUUGUUAUUCUUCUCAAUUGUUUGACUCCAAUUAUAUGAAUUUUUUUCUUUGCUAUUGCUUUAUAUAUUUUCAUUUUCACAUCCAUAUCUAUAUUUUUGUUGUUAGCUAUUUCUGUUUCUUCUGUCGGUAUUCUUCAAAAAUAUUAUUCAUAUGUCAUUUCUUUAUCACGAUGUUUGCUUUGAUUUUUAUUUAACCUAACUUCACCACAAAAGACUCUAAAUAAUGUUGUUGCAUUCAUUCAACACUUCAUCUCGAAAGAUGUUAAAAAUUUAGUUCAUGCUAACAGUGUGGCAGUGCAAAACACUGACUUAAAAGGUCACUGUAACUCCCGGAAUUUUGCGAAAACAUCGGCUCUAAUGAUUCACAUUCAUCUACAAAUUUUUGAUAGAGAUGGAAUUCGUAAAAAUUUUGUUUACAUUUGUGUAAAAAUUACAACAGAAAGUUCUAUGAUUGUAACUUAUCUAUUCUUCUAAAAUCUUUCGAUGGAUAUACAUUUGGUUUUAAUAGAUUUUCUCAGUACUUUACUAUGUUACUAUAAAUUUUUUAAAGUUGAAGCACAUUUACAUGUUAUAAAAUUUUAUAUUUCAAAUUAUUCUGUUACUAUAUCGAAAUUUCUAGUUAAUAUCAAAUUAAAACUAAUAUUAAUAGUAAAAUUUACACUACUACGGGACAAUGAGGAAAAAAUAAGAAAAUUUUGUUUCCUGUAUAUGUUUUCAAAUCGUGUCAGAAGAAGCUGAUGAUAUUUCUAAAACUGACGGUAAAAUUUAACUUUCAAAUAUUAUAUUCCACUCUACAAACUAUUUUUUUUAUUAAAAAGAAAAAAUAUUGUAGAAUUGUAUCCUGAAUGAAAAUGUAAAUCUAAAUGAGAAAUUAAAUUUUUUUAU